AGAGCACGUGCCCGUCAUUAUGCCUCUGCUCACCAAAGGAUUACUGGGUCCAUUAUUGCGGCAAAUUAGAGUCUUGCAGAUCUCCAUUUUCGUUGAAAACUAAACAAAAGUACUGCUCCUCAGUUGAACAUCAAACCACCCGCCAUUGACAAUCCAGAGAGAGAGAAUUUAACAGCAAAGACCAGAAGAAAAGCCUUAAGAGAGAGAGAAGAGAGAGAGAGAGAGAGAGAGGUAGCCAUGAAGUCAGUGAUAAUCUACAUAUCCGUUGCUCUCUUCCUCCUCUUCUUGAUCCAUUACGGCCCCAACAAGUCCCAGACCUCGCGAAGCCUCCAUCGUCGUGUGGGCCCGGCCCGCCUCAAGCUUCGCUCCAAAUUCUCCUUCUCUUCCAGAGAUAGGAAGCAUGAUCCGGUGGCAUUCGACCCCUUCGUUGCAGAGAUCGAGAGGCAUCGGGAAGACAGGGAGUGGGAAAAGAAACUCAUUGAGCAAAAUUACCAUGAAUUGAAUCAUUCGAGUGCCCCGGGCGAAGAAUCACAACCGGAGUGGGAGGAUUUCAUGAAUGCAGAGGACUAUUUGAACGAUGAGGAGAGGUUCAAUGUGACGAGUCGAUUGGUCCUUUUGUUUCCAAGGAUUGAUAUAGCACCAGCUGAUGGGUUUUUGAGCACAGAGGAGUUGACGCAGUGGAAUUUACAACAGUCUUUCAGGGAGGUGAUGCAUAGAACAGAGAGGGAUAUGGAGCUCCAUGACAAGAACAGAGAUGGAUUUGUUUCGUUCGCUGAGUAUGACCCACCCAGUUGGGCUCGUCACGCCGAUAAUAAUUCUUAUGGUUAUGAAAUUGGAUGGUGGAAGGAAGAUCAUUUUAACUCUUCUGAUGAGGAUGGAGAUGGCCUUCUGAAUCGAACAGAAUUCAACAACUUUCUGCACCCAGCUGAUAGCAACAAUCCGAAGCUGCUGAGGUGGUUGUGCAAAGAGGAAGUAAGGGAACGAGAUAUUGACAAAGAUGGGAAGCUUAACUUUCAAGAAUUUUUUCAUGGGCUAUUUGAUUUGAUAAGGAGUUAUGAUGAAAUUGAUUCCAAUUACACACAUGAGUCUGACCCUUUAAAAGAGACACCUGCAAAGAAGUUAUUUGAUGAACUUGACAAAGAUAAGGAUGGGUUUUUGUCCUAUGAGGAAUUGCUUCCUGUAAUAGCUAAACUCCAUCCUGGCGAGCAAUACUAUGCAAAACAGCAGGCAGACUACAUCAAGAUGCAGGCGGAUUCAAAUAAAGAUGGACGAUUAAGCUUGCAAGAGAUGAUAGAAAACCCAUAUGUAUUUUAUAGUGCUAUUUUCAGUGAUGAAGAUGAUUAUGAGUAUCAUGAUGAGUUCCGCUAAAUUGUUCAAGGUCUUAGUUUGUCUCCAAUUGGUCUUGUAAAAAAAAGAGAGCAGUCACGUUCGUCCUUUUCCCUACAAUUUCUUUUUAACCAUGUUGAGCUUUGUGUUAUCUGAUCACCUUCAAGUGUAAGUUUACACAGAUCUUUGAUCUCAGCUUUUACGACAUAGAGAAAACAUGAAAAAUCUCUUCCCCUGCGACUCUCUGCCAUUUUCUCCAUGCUGAGCUAGAUUAUAUGUUACAAUUUUGUGGACAGGUCUCAAUACUAAUUUCUUCACGGCCAUCAUAACUGCUUCUGUAUUUGAAUUUCAACGUCCAGGCUUAUCUGGCUGGUUAAGUUCUUUGAUUUAUGAUGUUGCAGCAGGAGGGAUAGUAUACUUUCAUUCCAUACAUUUGUACUAUAUUAGAGCAUCAGGAGUUCUAUAAUUAUAAAAUUUUUGUUCAAUUUGUUGCUCGGUUUUUCAGUGGAGUUGGUUGAUGGCGAUGUUAUCUACCAUGCUACUGUAUAUCUAGGCCAUUUAUAUGAUUGGUCUUUUUGGAU